AUGAAUGAUAUAGUUUUAAUCGAAUCAUCAAACGGUAAGCUGCUAGGUCAUGAUUUACAUGAUCAGCGGCUAGUCCAAAGUGAACAACAGCAAUACACUGAUAUUUCAACACAAUUAAGUUCAAUGGAAAAAUUUGAUGGAAAUGGUGAUGCGGAAGAUUGGUUAAAAAAAAUUAUGGAAAAGUUUGAAGCAUUAAAAUUUACAUUACGUGAACAAAAUGAUUUAAUUCCUGAAUUGUUAAGCGGCAAAGCAUUAAUUUGGUAUUCAUAUGAACGAAAAAAGAUGCCAACCUUUUUCUCAUUUAUUACAACUUUUCUUCAAUAUUACGGAAGAACAGAAUUUGAUCAAGAUCAAAUAACAUCAAUAUCUAUUAAACCAGAAACAUCAGUCGUACAACAAGAAUUAGUUGAUCCAAGAGAUAGUAUUAUUGAUGCUCUUCGAGAUCAGAUCGUGAUAAUGAAUCUUCAAGAACUACCGAAAUUUUCUGGUGAAUCGAAACAAUCUGUCACAAAAUGGUUAUUUGAAUUUCAACAAGCAACAAAUGCAUUUAAAUUAACAGAUAAUGAAAAAUUGACUUAUAUAUCUUUAUGUUUAGAAAGUUAUGCACAAGAUUGGUUUUACGACAAUAAACACCUUUUCUCAACAUGGUCAUUGCUUAUAGAAAAAUUUAUAAAAAUGUUUAAAUUAUAUGGAAAUGAUGAUAGUUCAUUUGGUCAAUCACAUCUAGCUGAAUACAAUAUGAAGCAAAAUCCUAAACCACAUUGUUUUGAAUUUAUGAAAUUACUCAACGAAAAAUAUGAUUUAGCCAUACAAAACUCUCAGUUAAUUGAACGAAGUCGAUCUUCGAUUCAUCCAAUAGUAUGUCAAGAAAACGUUAUAACAUCGACAAAUGUUGUUAUUGAAGAUGCCAAUACAAUUAUUGAAUCUGUUAAAGCAGAUCUUAAUCAAGCAGAUACAUUAAGCGAUGAAAUGAAACGUGAAACAUUAGCUAUUCAGGUACAAGAUGUUCAUUUAGUUACAAGUCAUGAUCCAUGUGUACAUGUUCCAACGUUAACAAAAUUAACAACCAUUUCUAUUACAGUUGUCUCUUAUGAAAUGGAUAUUUUUGGCAAAAGGAUUUAUAAUGAAAUUAAUGCCGUUGAUGUUGAACUUAAAGGAUCAAAAUCUUUCUCAUGCAAACUCAAUCGACCAAUAUCAAAUGAAAUACUUCGUGAAACAAUUACUCAAGAACUUUUAGAAAAAACUAUACAACAAAUUACAACAGCUGUCACUAUCAACGUUUACAAUAUUAUUUUCAACAAUUAUUGGUUUAUAAAACGAGCAUUUGAUCCUGGUGGUGUUUUGAUACUUAGAACAAGACUAGUGUCAAUGAACAUUUUUUGCUUAGUUGUUUUUCUUUUUUUUGGUGUUUUUUUUUUGUAA